AUGCCUAUUUACACAGUUCCUGUGAGAAGUCCCUGUGAGGCACAACCUACUAAAACUUUGCAGAAGACUUCUUCACAGAAUACCUUUACUAGCAUCAAAGCAUCUGGGCAGCAACCAAAAUCACAGAUUUCAGGAGAGGAAAAAGAUGGUCUGCCUCCACGUUCUCAGUACAAGACUGAGGAACUAAAUCGGACCUAUGUGAUUUCAACCUGUAAAGAAGCAGGUGAUGCAUCGACUAUGCAUAAACCUGAAGGCAGAUUAACACUCCAGAGGAGAACUGGAGCAAGCAAAAUAUCGGUGUCAAGUAGUGAACAGCUACAUACAAACACAACACAAGGCAUGAAAAGCACACAUCUGGAGAAAAGACUUACUCUGCAGAGGCGUACGAGGACUUAUUCCACAGAGAAAAGGAAAAUUAGUCAAAAUACUGUGCCUAGAACUGAAAAUAAUUACUCUGCUGCACAAAAUAACUGCAAGAGUGCACUUCUACCAAACGUUAAGAAUAAUGAUACUGAUGAUGUUAAACCUAGCUUUAGGUUAGCUGAGGGUCAGCCAGCUGCGAAGGUGCAGUAUAACAUGAACAGCAAGGAUUCCUGCGUCUCUGUCAAUGGUCUGUGUGAAAAUGACAACUACACGCAUAUAAAAUACAGGGCAAGUGCUGCUGACACAAGACUUAAAAAUGAAGUUGCUAAAUCAGAACAAUUAAUUACCUCAAAAUGUAUUAAUAGGAUAUCUGAAGAACAACUGAAUGAAAAAGAUAAUAUAAGUAAGUUAGCUGGAAAGCAAAGGUUGCAACACUUGAUUAUAAAACAUAACAGCUCAGAAAGACCUAGGACACCAAUAAAAGGUUCAAUAGAAGGGUUUCAGCUUACACCAAAGAGCAGCACUUCUCGAGAUCAACCAUCUUUAUCCACUUCAAAUAAACGAACAUCUCGUCCUCAAACUUUAUUCAAAAAAACCCCUAGAGUCUCUAUCUCUCCUCCUGUGAGUAGAUGUUCAAAACCAAAAGAAAACACAGAGACUCUAGCUGAGAGCAAUAGCACUGAGAAAGAUGUUUUCAAAGUGGAAAGCAGCAAAGUGGUUGUAGCUGUGCGUGUACGGCCUUUCAGCAAAAGAGAGAAAGAUGAAAACUCACUUCCUGUAAUCUCCAUGAGUGGUCCAGAGACAGCUGUACGAAAUUCAGCCACAAACCAAGUUUACCGCUUCAGUUAUGACUUCUCUUUCUGGUCUUUUGACAAGCGUGAUCCUAAUUAUGCCAGCCAGGCAAUGAUUUAUGAAACUUUGGCAGUGCCGCUCCUAGAAAGAGCUUUUGAGGGAUAUAAUGCUUGUCUUUUUGCUUAUGGGCAGACUGGUUCUGGAAAAUCAUACACAAUGAUGGGAUUUGAUGAAGAUCGAGGAAUAAUUCCAAGACUUUGUGAAGAUCUUUUCUCCCAAAUAGCACAAAAGGACAAGCAACAGGUUUUGUAUCAUCUUGAAAUUAGUUUUUUUGAAGUAUACAAUGAGAAGGUUCAUGAUUUGCUUGUCUUUAAAGCUGAAAGUGGACAGAAGAAACAACCACUUCGUGUAAGAGAACAUUCAGUGUUAGGACCGUAUGUGGAAGGCCUGACAGUGAAUGUUGUCAGUUCUUACUCUGAUAUCCAGAGUUGGCUUGAACUAGGAAAUAAGCAAAGAGCGACAGCUGCUACAGUAAUGAAUGACAAGAGCUCUAGAUCUCAUUCUGUCUUUACCCUUGUCAUGACACAAACCAAGGUCGAAUUUGUGAAUGAAGAACAAUGUGAUCGUAGGCUUACCAGUCGCAUAAAUCUAAUUGAUCUAGCUGGCAGUGAGUGCUGCUCAACAGCUCAGACCACUGGAGAAAGGCUGAAGGAGGGUGCAAGUAUCAAUAAAUCACUGUUAACCCUUGGAAAGGUUAUUUCCGCACUCUCUAAACAGUCUCAAAAUGGAAAGAAAAGUUUCAUUCCUUAUCGGGAAUCUGUCCUUACUUGGUUGUUAAAGGAAAGUCUUGGUGGAAAUUCACAAACUGCUAUGAUUGCCACAGUAAGUCCAGCUGCCAGCAGUACAGAAGAAACACUCAGCACUCUUCGCUAUGCAAAGGAAGCUUGUUCAAUUAUCAAUGUUGCUAAAAUAAAUGAAGAUGUGAAUGCCAAGGUAAUCAGAGAAUUGAAAGCUGAAAUAGAAAAACUGAAGGCAGCUCAGAAAAGAGCUGUGAACACUGACCCUGAAAAGUACAGAUGUUAUUUGAAGGAAAUAACAUCUUUGAGAAUAAAAUUGCACCAGCAGGAGAAGGACAUGGCAGAAAUGCAAAGGGCCUGGAAAGAAAAAUUUGAACAUGCAGAAAAAAGAAAAUUAGAAGAUAUAAAAGAAUUGCAGAAAGCAGGAAUUGCAUUCAAAAUGGACAAUCGUUUACCGAAUCUUGUCAAUCUCAGUGAAGAUCCUCAGCUUUCUGAGGUGCUGCUGUAUAUGAUCAAAGAAGGAGAAACUACAGUUGGAAGGUGUACACCGAAUUCAAAACAUGAUAUCCAGCUUUCUGGAGUGCUAAUUGCUGACGACCAUUGUAUUAUAAAAAAUACUGUUGGCGAAGUGAGUAUUACUCCACUGAGAGAAGCCAAGACAUACGUCAAUGGGAAAUGCAUUUUAGACCCAACAGUUUUGCAUCAUGGUGAUCGAGUGAUCCUUGGGGGAGACCAUUAUUUCAGGUUUAAUCAUCCAGCAGAAGUCCAGAAAGUUAAAAGGCCAUCUUGUGGGACUAUGCUUUUGCAUGAGGGUCCAAAAGAUUUUGAAUUUGCAAAGAAUGAGCUGCUUGUUGCACAGAGAACACAGCUUGAAUCGGAAAUUGAAGAGGCACGACUCAAAGCCAAGGAAGAAAUGAUGCAAAGUGUCCAAAUUGCAAAAGAGAUGGUUCAGCAAGAACUGACCUCACAAAAAGAAGUUUAUGAAAGCAAAAUAAAAUCACUGGAAGCAGAGGUGAGAGAAGAAUCUCGUAAGAAACAAAUGCAAGAACUGAAUAACCAAAAAGCUGCAACUAAAAUACAGGAGCUAGAGAAGGCAAAGCAAAACCUGGAGCUGGAAUUACACUUCAAUAAGAAGCGUUUAGAAAUGGAGACCUUAGCUACUAAGCAGGCUCUAGAAGAUCAUACUAUUCGUCAUACGAAGAUACUUGAAGCUCUGGAAGCUGAGAAGCAGAAGAUUGCUGAAGAAAUACACACCCUUCAGAAGAAUCGUGGAAGUGGGAGUAAAAGUAUGACUAUUCCACUUAACUGGAAUUCUCUGAAGCUAUCUAUGAUGAUCAAAGAGGCCAACACCAUUAGUAAUGAAGUAGGGCAAAACAUGGUUUUCUGCAGGCAUGACAAAGUCGAUAAAACAGGAACAGUGUCUUCCGUUCAGGUGCGGGUUCGUAACAUCAAACUGGGAAUAGCAACUUUCUGGAGCCUAGAGAAAUUUGAAUGUAAACUGGCAGCAAUGAAAGAACUCUAUGAGAGUAAUGACAGCAGUAAAGCUGCUGAUGUAUUUUAUGACCCUGCUGAUGAGUGGGAACCUGACCUUUCAGAUGCCUCAGUUUCCUCUCUUUCUAGAAGAAGAAGUAGAAGUUUCAUGAAGAACAAGAGGAUUUCUGGAUGUUUGUCUGAAAUAAAAUUGCCACCAGUUCGGAGUGUACAGAGCUCCUAUGUAUCAGGUUCAGAGAACAAGUCCAACAUAUGCCCAGGAUUUUCUGAGUCCUCUCUUCUUGGAAUUUGCAAAGAAUCUAUAAGUUCAACUUUAGAUUUACUGGAAGAGAAUCAUGAAGGAGGAAAAAGCAUAGUAGAUAGUCUCCUAACUGAUUUGUUCAUCAUUUCCUCUGGAGUGUCUGCCAUUUCAAAAGCCUAUGAGCGGCAAGAUGAAGAAAGUCAAGAAAACUUUUUCGUUCUUGAUCAUGCUGCUCAGUCCUACAGCAUCAAAAUCAUCUCUGCUUUUCAACGGCUUGUAGUUCUAACCAAACUCUGGCUUAACAAUAUCCAAGAGUGUCCUGGAUCUAUAAAAACUGAUCAAAAAGUAAAACAGGAAGUGAAGAGCUUGGGAGGUUAUUUACAGUUACUAUUGCAGGGAUGUUCUUCAGAUAUAUCCUCGAUGGUAACAGAAGCAUGGAGCAAAGUAAAUCAAGCAGUAAACCAAACAAUGAAAUAUGUAGGACACUUGGCAGUAGUCACAGGAACCGAUAUUUCAUUUUCUGAAGAAAACAUUCCUGCAACUAGUCCACAGGAAUUUGUACUUGCCAUUUAUGAUGGAGUAGGCUCAGGGCUGGAGUUUCUCAUUGAUACAGUACAGGAAAAAGCAAGAAUGGUGCAGAAACAACUUGGGAAACUAUGUCCACAAAAUGAGAUAAUAGUGAAACUCCAAAAAUCUUGUAUGUUCCCAUUCUCUUGCCUAACUCCAAGCUUUGUGUUUCCAGCAAAAGGAUUUGAGCAGUCUGCUAUUCAAAAUCGAAUCAAGGAUAAUGCUGUGGCAUUAGCUGGGUUCCUUGAAAAUAACAUCUCCUACGGCAGAAAGAAAGAAAUAGAAUCUCAAUUACCACAAGAAUCUCUAUAUCAGGAAAUAAAGAGAAGUACUGACAUUGCUGCAAAAUAUUUGGAAUUGGAGCAGUGCCUAGCUGGAGUCUGCCAAAUUGUUUCUUCCAUGUUCCAAGGGUCGUACAGAAACAUGAGCCCUCUCAGGAGCUUUGCAGAAAAGAUUUGUGUCAUAGCUGGGUAUUUUAACAACUAUUUUGGUAUAUUCGCCUUGUCUUCUACUUCCACAAACAAUUCUAUCCGGAAAAUAUCUAUGCCUUUUAUGAACUUGGAUGAAUUGGACUCUCUUGUUGAUUCCCUUCUUAUGAAUUAUGAACUUGAACAAAGACAGCCAUUACUGAAACCUCAAACUCUUGGUAAUGAAACUACUGAGACUCAAGGAGGACAGGUUGAAACAAGUGAAGCUGAGUUUGCUUGGAAAAGGAUGGGGAUUCCAAAACACACACACAAACUCCAGUCUUCACAUCCAUUUCCUGCUGAGUUUUCACCUGCUAGGAUUCAGUGGGUAUGA